AUGCGAUUACUCUCCAUAACCCUGCAGUACUGCCUGACUGCAACAGUCAUUACCACCUUCCUCCUCGUCCUCGCUAGUCUACCCACUGCCCACGCACAGGGCGAUUCAAUCCAUGGCGUCGGAGCCGAGACCCUGAACGUCGGCGGGCCUGUCGUCAGCGAUGGAGCAGGACUGCCUUUUGCGCUGGACUCGUUUAAUGGGCUCGAGCUCCGAGACAGCGUGGAUGAGAAUGGGGAGUCAAACGGGCUGGACCUGGUGCGACGAUACCCUGCGUCGGGCACAUCGUUAGCCAACAAUGACUUCCAGAGCGCGACCAUCAACGCUGGAGCCACACAGUAUUGGUAUAUUACUUCGAGUGUGGUGAAUGGAAAGCAUGGCGUGGCGGGAAAGGGCCUCCCUGCGAACUUGAGUUCGCGGAGUCUAGAUGAGUCGACGGAGAUUGAACAUGACUUGCGGAAACGGAAUUUGGAGAAGCGCUCCACAACGCUCUAUCUGUCGUUGACGACCUGCAGUAAACCGACUACGAACAGUACUGCUGACUCGGGCUCGUUUCCCCAGUUAGAGGUGUAUGUCUCUGUUUCGGAGGGGCUGGAGGAGCCUGGGCCUGGGAAAAACGACUCGCUACAGAACAAGACCACUGCAUCGGGUGGUUAUGUUGGAAUUGCAUUCGAUGCAGACAGUGAUGUCUACAUUGGAGUCACAGCGCCGAACUCAACGGCAUACUCUGGCUCCUACAAUUACCAGAUCGCUGCUUCCAUUGACGCUUUCUUCCAUUCGGUUGACGACGAUGACCCGUUCCUUUACUUUGUCGACGCAGAUCACUCCGCCGCGCUUUUGGUCACGGACAAUCUGACCCAGUCUGAUCCCGGCUCAACGAACUAUGAGCAGUGGAUGAACAUUACGCCUCCGUAUACCAUGUUUGCGCACAAUAUCAACAACACGGCGCUUGCCGGUCUGGAACGGUCGUUUUGCGCCUUGGACGACUUGUCGCAGGUGGGACGAAUCAGCAACUCGGUCGAAGUAGGUAUGACCAGUCGAGGACUAGGAAACCAACCCAAAGAGCAGUUCUACAUCACCGGCCUCAACCGAAGUUCCACGUACGACGGGAUUCUCGCGAUGGUAGGCAACUCAACACUAUCCGGCAACGGCGUCAUCGGGGGCGGUGGGAAAGUAUGGAUGCCCAUGAAUUUUACCACUAAAGCCGAUGAUAACUGCGCCGUCCUAUUCAACCUUACAUUCUGCUCGGAAGUAGCCUACGCCGUCCCUUCCAACCCAAAACUCAACGUCUCCGCCCUCCGCGACAUCUACGACAAAAACGCCCAAACCUACUACACAAACUUCAAUUACUCUCUCCAACAAAUCCAGUGCGACACCGAUCAAGAAUCAAUGUUCUCUCUUACAGUCGGCUGUGAAGACUGCGCGCGCGCCUACAAACAAUGGCUCUGUAGCGUCCGAAUCCCCCGCUGCGCAGACUACAGCAACAACGCCUCCUAUCUAAUGGUGCGCAACGCCGGACAGGAUUUUAUCAACGGCACUUCACUUCCAGCCGAGAGUCCGUAUAGACAAUCUGUUGCUACGAACUCUUCGAGAAAUCAACUUAUUGAUACGGAGAUCAAACCGGGUCCGUACAAAGAGAUUCUGCCGUGUCUGGACGUCUGUCAUACACUUGUGAAGGAUUGUCCUAUGUCUCUUGGGUUCGGGUGUCCUACCGGGUCAUGGGCGAACUCGAGUUACGGGUACCGGGAUGCGAAUGGGGAUAUUACGUGUAGUUAUCUUGGGGCAGCUUAUUAUCUGAAUAUUGGAGCGAAGAUGGGUGUUUGGGGAAGUGUUUAUCUGUUGGUUGGGAUUUGGGGUCUUUGGUGGUCUUUGUGGUAG